CUUCACGACCCAAAACUCGCCGAAAAAUUUGAAUUCUCGCUUGAAAACCAUGAAAUUCCGAUGGUUUUUCAAAUUUUCACCCAUUUUCGGCGAGCAAAACCCAAAACCAACUUCAUACCCAUUCUCCCCUCGGCAAAACCGGCCUGUGCUGCGAUUUUGGAGAGAUUUUGGGCAAGUUUUUUCUGGUCAAGUCGUCGGCGGCUUGUCUUCGACGAGCUUCCGACGAAGCUCUGACGACCCCUCUCCGGCCUGUUUGUGGCCAUUUUUCACCUUCUUCGCCCCAACCUCACUUCCUCCUAUGUCCAACUUGCGUCUCCAGGUUGUUUUUUCAGCUACACCUUGUUAAUUUUGGGAGAAUCGGAUUAGGUAGUGAAGUGAGGGUGAUUUUCAUGCUUUGAAUGUUGAACCUAGAAUUAGGGCAAGGAAUUAGGUCGAUUGGUUGGUGGAAUGUUAAUGCAUGAGCCUAGUUGAGCCUUGGUGUGUGUGUUUGAACCGAAUUGUCUAUUUUUUUUAGAAUUUGCCCACCAAGUGCUAUUUAGUGAAUGCAUGUGGAACUUUAUGCUUGUUGGUGGAUGGUAGCCACCGUGGUUUGGGGCUCUGGUUCGGAUUUUUGUAUGAGUGAACCGUGAAAUAACCACAACCAUGCCACGGUGUGCUUAAGCUUCAAUGUUUGAUAUCCAUGGUGGAUAUAUAAGUGUGGGGGAAAUCUCUUUUCCUCCCAAUGAGCAAUAUUUGAUGAUUGUUUCCACGUAUGGUGCUUGUUUGCUGAUUCGUGCAGGAUGGUUAACAUAGACUACCCAUACCUUGUGACGCUAAGGGGCCACCCUGAAAUGGAGGAAGAGAUGUGCUUUUGGGCAUCUUCGAACUUCGGUAACCAUUGGAAACUCGACUUCGCAUAGUUCGACAUGCUUCAUUGCGGUGAUGUUAUGAGGGAGACAGUGGUGCAACCUCAAUGGCGCCAACUCCUUGAUAUUGAAGAUGACAUCUAUGGGGAACUAUACGUCGAGUUUUUCAGCACCUUCACCAUCCAUAAGACCCAAUGCCUACUCGGCCAUCCAAUAUGCCGGGUCAAGUUUCAGUUGGGAAGGGAAGGUCGCACUUUGAGCUACGACGAGUUAGCUGAGGCCCUUGGAGUGCAAGCCAAACAUGAGGACGAUUGGGAGGAAGACGCCAUCCGAAGUUUCGACGUGAAUGCCGCAUUUAUGAAGUUUUGCCUUCCACAGUACCGAAGGAAAAAGUUUAGAUUGACCCUCAAAUUGGAAUCUACACUCUAACCCUAGUGGCGUAUCAUCGUUGCACUCCUGACUCGUUCCCCCUACCCGGCAUACCACAACCCGAACAAGAUAAUCGAGAGAAUCUUAUUGGCUUGUUCUUGCAUGGUGCACCUAUCUAACACUCUGCACCUGGGUUCAGUCAUUGCCACUUCUUUUGCAAGGGCCAAGGGAGGAAACCAUCGUUAUGUCAUAUCAAUGGGUCCCUACAUCACCCACCUUGCUCGAUAAUUCAAUGUCAGCCUUGCAGGGUGCUCGAGAGAAGGGCGCACCCAAGGUUUGACGAGGGCACCUUGCACUCCAUGCGCUUAUUGCGCACCUUUGGACUAAUUCGGUACAUUGAGGGAGUGAUUAAUGAUCUAGAGGGCCCACCAGCAGAGCAGCCACCAGUGUCCAGCCCAGCCACCACCUGCAGCAGCAGAAGGUGAUCCCCUCGUUUAGAGGGUGGAUCGCCCAGAGACGAGCUUCGUGGGAGUGACUUCCCUCCUAGACUGGCAGACAAACCUCCUCGAGUUGAUGGCUCAACGCCAGGGCCUCCUUCCAGAUGAGAAGGAGGGUCCAUCCACCUGCGAGAGGUAGCCGACGAGUGAGACAUGUGCCAGAGCCAAUUUCUUUCGCCCCACUUCUCCACUUGUAACUCUGAACUUGUUUUAGUUAUUUUUCUUUCUUUUAUGUGUGUGUGACCAUAAAGUACUACUACUAUCAUAUUUUUUGUGUAAUAACCUCGCCCCGAGCGAGUCGUAUUGUGUUUGUGUGUGUGUUUUUGUCUCUCCAUGAAGCUCCAAAUAUCCUACACCGGAAUCGAUUCCAACUUUCACUCACCAAGCCCAAGCGGUAACAUCAUUCUACCCCUAUCUUACACCAUUGAGGGCAAUGUCGAGCAUAAGUGUGUGUGUGUGGGGGGGGGGGGGGGUAGUUUACUAUUAUGCUUGUGUGAGUGUGAUUCAUGCUUGGCGCCUUGUUGUAUGCCCGAAUUUGAAAAUUUUGAGGGCUCCAAGCAAUUUUUGCAUAAUCAAAGUAGCCGGUUUGUGGGGAAAUCUCGUGUUUAUUGGCAUUGAUCUUGAUUUGUUGCAUGUGAUCGAGUAUAUCCUAUGAUGACGACUGAGAGGUCCAUUAGGAUAGUGCAAAGCAAGAAAACGAAAGCGAGAAU